UUAGUUGUGUAAACUUAGUUAUACUUUCGACGUAGACCAGGUGCAUCCCAUGUACAGUGAAAUGGACCUCAAUCGUCAUCCGACCACCGUCGCGUGUAACACCUUUAAUUAACAAAAUGUGGACGAUUUUGCUGGGUGUGGUGGCCCUGGUUUCCCUGGGAGAAGCGUGUAACCCCACCGUGACUACCGUGAGCGGAACCUUCGCUCCUUCUUCCUUCUGCUCAGGAGACUUAAUCUUCUCUGACGAUUUCAAUGAAUUCGAUCUGGAAAGAUGGCAACAUGAGAACACCCUGGCUGGAGGUGGUAAUUGGGAAUUCCAAUACUACAGCAACAACAGGACAAAUUCAUUCGUCCACAGCGGCCUACUGUUCAUCCGACCUUCCCUGACUUCCGACCAGUUUGGAGUUCCCUUCCUCAGUAGUGGACACUUAAACAUUGAAGGUGGCGCGCCUGCCGACAGAUGCACGAAUCCUCAAUGGUGGGGCUGCGAGCGCAGCGGCUCCCCCACGAACAUCCUGAACCCCAUCAAGAGCGCCCGAGUCCGCACGGUCGAGUCAUUCAGCUUCCGUUAUGGUCGUCUCGAGGUCCGCGCCAAGAUGCCCACUGGCGACUGGCUAUGGCCAGCUAUCUGGUUGAUGCCGGCACACAAUGUCUACGGAACCUGGCCAUCGUCCGGGGAGAUCGAUCUCGUGGAGUCACGUGGUAAUCGCAACAUGUUUAUCAACGGAUUACACAUCGGCGUGCAGGAAGCCGGCUCCACCCUGCACUACGGCCCGUAUCCGGAGUGGAACGGCUGGGAAAGGGCACACUGGAUCAGGAGACAGAUCCCCGGUUGGAACGAGGAGUUCCAUCGCUACCAAUUAGAAUGGACACCAGAUUUUCUUCGAUUCAGUAUCGAUGAUGUUGAGCUUGGCCGUGCUACGCCUCCCAAUGGAGGUUUCUGGGAAUAUGGCGGUUUCAACAGCAACCCUGGAGUCCUCAACCCAUGGAGAUUCGGGUCCAAAAUGGCUCCUUUCGACCAGAAGUUCUACAUUAUCAUGAACGUGGCCAUCGGAGGUACUAACGGUUUCUUCCCUGACGGUGUCUUCAACCCUACGCCUAAACCAUGGUCGAACACUUCCCCUCAGGCAGCAACCGAUUUCUGGAACGCGCAAGGAAAUUGGCUGCCAACAUGGAACUUGAACGUUAAUGACGGCCAAGACUCGUCCCUUCAAGUGGACUACGUGAGAGUAUGGGCUCUUUAAAAUGAUUCACUUUAAUAGGAUAUAAUAUUGUAAUUCUUUUUAUUUAAAAGUUAACGUAAUUCGAGAAAAAGGUGUUAAAAUAAUAAAAUAUAUAUUUAACACGC